GUUUAGAUCUGCGCCGCCCCAGCCAGCCUUAUCGCACCUGGCAGCACUGUCUGCCUCUCCUUCGCAUGCUAGGUAGCCUUUGAUAUGCAGAGAUAUGAACCAAGUUGUGCAAGUCUGAACCAUGGUUCAGAUCUAAACCAUGGCUCAGAUCUAAACCACGUUUGAGAUCAAAACCAUGGCUCAGAUCUAAACCAUGGCUCAGAUGAAAACCAUGGCUCAGCAGAUCUAUACCAUGGUUCAUAACCAUGGUGUGCAGCAGAUCUGUCUGACUUUUGAUUAUGAUGAUGAUGGUGAUGAAGAUGGUGAUGAUGAUGGUGAUGAUGAUGGCGAUGAUGAUGUGAUGAUGAUGGUGAUGAUGAUGGUGAUGAUGCGGCUGCCGCACAUCAUUCACUUUAAGAAAAUGAGGGCGAGAGAAGAGUUCGAUGAGCUAUGCUUCGACUUUGGGAUCGAGCUGGAUGACGUGACAACAGAGAAGGCUAUCAUCCGGAAAGAGAAGCAUUUGGAGGAGAACGGCGAUGGGGACGAGGAUGAAGAGGUCAUCUAUAAAAUUGAGGUGCCUGCAAACAGGUACGAUUUGCUUUGCCUGGAGGGAAUGGCGCGAUCGCUGAGAAUAUUCUGCGGGAAGGAAGAGGUACCCAAGUUCCGCCUUGCAGACGUUUCUGGCCGACCCCUUGAGCGGAUGGUCGUCAAACCCGAGACAGCGUUGAUUCGUCCAUUUGUCGUGGCGGCGAUCCUCCGAGGCGUUACAUUCGAUCAAGCCCGGUAUAACAGCUUCAUUGAACUCCAGGAGAGACUACAUCAGAAUCUGUGCAGGAGGAGGACUCUCGUAGCCAUCGGCACACAUGACCUUGACACACUGACUGGGCCAUUCACAUAUGAGGCUUUGCCUCCGACGGAGAUCCAGUUUGUCCCCUUGAAGCAGACGAAGUCCUUCACCGGAGCUGAGUUGAUGGAGUUCUACAAGUCGGAUAACAAGCUGAAGAAGUUUCUCCAUAUCAUUAGCGACUCUCCGGUUUUCCCUGUCAUUUAUGACAGUAAAAGGACGGUGCUGUCAUUGCCACCAAUCAUCAAUGGGGCACAUUCAGCAAUACGGUUGGAUACGAAGAAUGUAUUCAUUGAGUGCACGGCAACAGAUCUGACAAGAGCGAAAAUCGUCUUGAAUACAGUGGUCACCAUGUUCUCAGGAUACUGCAGAGAUGAAUUCGUUGUGGAGCCGGUCGAGGUGGUGUCGGCUGAUGGCACGUCUGUGAUUUACCCAGACUUAUCGAGCCGUUUCGUCGAAACGACAUUGGACUACAUCAACGGGCAUGUUGGUGUCUCACUUGGUGCGGAUGAGGUUGCUCGACUGUUGAAGAAAAUGCAGCUGGAAACGGAGUUGAUUGACGGUGAUGGUGACAGUGGUGGAAUGCCUGCUUCCGCUAAGCUAAGGGUGAAAGUCCCUCCCACGAGAAGCGACGUGUUGCAUGCCUGCGAUGUGAUGGAGGACGUGGCAAUUGCAUACGGAUACAACAAUGUGGAGAAGAGAGUACCGCAGUCCGUAACAACGGCAAAGCAGCUGCCGCUGAACCAUUUCAGUGAUUUAGUUCGUGCGGAGGUCGCCAUGGCAGGGUUCACUGAAGUCCUCACGUGGGUGCUUUGCUCUCGAGAAGAGAACUUCUCUAUGGUUAAUAAACAAGAUGACGGAAAGACGGCGGUUAUCAUUGGGAACCCACGCUCUGCAGAUUUUGAGGUUGUCCGGUCAAGUCUUCUUCCGGGGAUGCUGAAAACUGUCGGCCAUAAUGUCAAGGCACCUCUUCCUCUCAAGCUGUUCGAGCUCGGAGACGUCGUCCUUGUAGAUGAGAAAAUGGACGUGGGCGCAAAGAACUGCAGACGGCUUGUUGCUCUUUACUCGAAUUUGAAUUCUGGAUUUGAGGUCAUUCACGGGUUGCUGGAUCAGGUGAUGGUCGUGAUGGGAGUGCCGAAGGCUGACCACGAGCCUGGAGCAAAUGGCAAUUGCCCAGGGCAUGAGAGGGACGGAUACGCAAUUGCCCCAUCUCAGGAUCCAACUUUUUUCUGUGGUCGACAAGCGCACGUCAUCUGGAGAGGGCGGCGCGUCGGACUUUUCGGGAUAGUUCACCCAGAGGUGUUGGCACGCUUUGAAAUACCAAACCCUUGCUCGGCUUUGGAAAUCGACAUUGAGCCAUUCCUGUAGCUGUUUUCAUCAUCGGCAGAACGUGAGUGGAUAUGAUGAUUUGAGAGGAUUGACUUUGUAAGCGACGAUCUUGGUGUGCGAGUGCCUCUGCAUCAGUACUGUCGGCAACUGCCAUGCUUUUCCGACAAGCAAAAGGGCAACGGAAGGAAUCAUCGCAGUUUGCAGGGUUGACACACAAAAGGGCGACGGCGGUGACAGCGAUCAGGUUGCGUUAUGGUGGGUUUGAAGCUACGUCUCGUCCUUUCUGCAUCCAAGCCAGUGGGAGAGCCGGCACGUGCUGAAGUCAUAAAGGGGAAUGGAGAUCUUUGAGAGCGCCGCUGACGAGCGAAAUUAACACAGCGACAACGGCAUUGCACUCAUCGUCCCAUGGGAUGAAGUUCCACAGGAAGGGAACAUGGGGGGAGAAUUGUCGUCUCUCCAUUUUGUUGGGGACGAUCAACUGUAUCCUUUGCUGUCGCGGGAAGGAAGCGAACAGAAGUUUUGCUAGUUCGGGCGUUGUUCGGGGGGUGAACUUAAUUGUUGUUGUUUUCAGUUGGGAGUCGGUAGUUCAAACCUCGAGGGAAAAGUUUUGUUGUGAGCCCGCAUUUGGGGUCACCGAGCAAUUUGAGUGUAUGUCACGUAUGUGUCCAUCGGCAAGUUAACGAUAAUGACAACAUGUUAUGUAUUGCGAGUGUUCCAGUACUACGGCUAUUUCGUUUCGGAUUCAUUUUUUUCAAACUACCUAAAGCUUCGAUUGUCUUCUGUAGGAGGAGCUUCCUUCUGUCCCUGUCCCAAAAUUGGAUAUGAUGACGUCGAUAACCCCCAAUGACCCUAAAAUAGACCUGAAUCUCAGGAUUGCCAGGAGCCCAUGCACAUUCUCUCCCUGUUCUCUUUUUGGUCAGAGAAUCUGACUGAAGGAGCAUUGAUUGACAUGUCAUUUGUAGUCUCUGUCCUUAGCCAGCUUCUGCUGCUCUGUCUCCCUAGCAAUUGGAAACACUUCUCAUUUGCAUUCUCCAAAUAC